AUGGACGCGCACGGUGAUGGACACCCGACGGCUGGUGCGGUUGAGCACGGUGUGACAGGGUCAAUUGACGGUGAUUUCGGUACUAGAGAUGCAACGCACUACACGCCGGGGAAAACCAACACCCUCAACCAACACUGGAAACCCAACGUGGACACUACAAUCAUACCUGUACUCGGGCAGUGUUUUAAAUCAGUAUACGAAGGGGUUGAAUUCUACAAGAUCUACGGGCGAGCUAGUGGUUUUGACGUCAGGCAGAGUAGUGUUAAGCGAGAUCGUAGCGGGGAUGUUAUCCGACGUUCUUUAGUAUGCAGCAGACAAGGAGCCAAAGGAGGGGGUGGGAGGAAACCCACCUUAGACGUCCGUGGUACUAGUAGUAGCAAUAAGCAACGACGGAGAAGGGUUUCUAACAGAGUCGGGUGCAAUGCAAAGCUUGGGUUGAAGAAAAAGAGUACUGGGGAGUUUGUGGUGUCUAAAUUUGUCGAGGACCACAACCAUAGUUUGUGCUCUGAGGGUGCUAAAUUAUUUAUGCGGGGUAACCGGAAACUUAAUGUAACCCAACAUGCAUUUUUAGAAGAUUGUCUUAAAGCUAAUGUGGGCCCUUCUACAGGGUUCAGAUUAUGCAGGGAAGUGGCAGGUUCGUUUGAGAACGUUGGUGCAACAUAUGUGGAAUUUCAUAAUUUUAAACUGGACUUGCAAACGUAUGUCGAUGUGGCUGAUGGUGAGAUGAUUAUCGAAAGGUUCAAAACCAAGCGUGGAGCCUGUGACAGUUUCUUUUUCGAUUACCACCUUGACGAAGAGAACCGCAUCGCACGGCUCUUUUGGGCCGACCCUAUUGGUAGGCGGAGUUUUUCUUGUUACGGUGACGUGAUUUCGUUUGAUGCCACGUACAGCACGAACAAGUACAACUUGGUGUUUGUCCCAUUUACUGGAGUAGAUAACCACAAACGAUGCAUCACUUUUGCCGCCGGGUUGCUCAGUAAAGAGGAUGUGGAAUCGUAUAGUUGGCUGUUAGAAAGAUUCAACCUUGCAAUGGGAAAGGCCCCUCUAUGUGCUGUCACCGAUCAGGACCCUGCUAUGAAGAUUGCUAUGGAGCAGGUUUUACCAGGGUGCCGUCACCGUUUUUGCAUGUGGCACAUUAUGACGAAGGUUAGUGAAAAAGUCGGUCCUGGGUUAUCAAACAAUGAGGAGUUCCGCAAGAGUUUGAAUGAUAUUGUGUGGAACGAAACAACCUCUACCGGUGACUACGAAGUGCAAUGGCAGCUGCUGAUGGAGAAAUACAACUUAUCUGAUCACCGGUGGUUUCAAAAAUUGUAUGCAGAAAGGGAUCAUUGGAUUCCAGCUUUUUUUUUUUUAGAUUUACCAAUGAGUGGGUUGGUACGCACCACAUCCCGGUCCGAAGCACAGAACAGUGUUUAUGGGAAGUUCACACGCCUCCACUCCAGUUUGGUAGAGUUCUACAUGCAGACCGAGAGCGUCCUUGACACACAACGCCACAAUCAAGCUAAACUGGAUGCACAGUGUGAGGGGUCCUUGCCCGAGUUUAAAACUCCCUUGGCGUUAGAGCGGCACGCUGCAGAUUUGUUCACACUAACUAUUUUUUAUGCUUUGCAGAAAGAGAUUGAAGCUGCCUGCUUUUAUUGCGAAGUUGUGGGCAUCCGUGAAGAUGGGGGACCAUUUAUUACAACAUCGGAGGAGAUUGCACCACCACGCACACUGUACAAUACGAAUCGAGCGGGUGUAUUGCUUUUUGCAGCUGCAAGAUGUUCCAACGAUUGGGUCUAA